UCCCACUCUCCUCGUUAUAUAAUGAAGUGAUCUUCUUUGAUAAAAUAUACACUUGUGGCCUGAAUCAAAUCUAAUCUGAUAUCCAUUAAGCCAAGAUGGUAGCUACCAACAAUACAAAUUACGACAGACAAAGUGAGCUGAAGGCUUUUGAUGACACAAAGGAAGGUGUGAAAGGCCUUGUUGAUGCUGGGGUAACUGAGGUUCCUAGAAUUUUUCAUCAACCACCAGAUCAGUACAUCAUCAACAGCAACUUUGAUUCAGAAGCUACGCAGUUUAGCAUUCCACUCAUUGACCUUGAAGGCCUUGAGUUUGAUAGUCCAACGAAACGAAACGAGAUUGUUGCAAAAGUUGGAGAGGCAUCAGAGACUUGGGGCUUCUUUCAAAUUUCUAACCAUGGAAUACCAGUUGGUGUUCUAGAGGAGAUGAAGGAUAGUGUGCGUGGGUUUUUUGAGCAAGACACUCAAGUGAAGAAACAGUUUUACAAUCGUGAUCCGCUCAAACCUGUGGGCUACAAUAGCAACUUUGAUCUAUACCGAGCACCGGCGACUAAUUGGAGGGAUACUUUUAGGUGCCACAUGGCUCCCAAUCCUGCUAAGCCAGAAGACAUGCCAGAAGUAUUCAGAGACAUAGUCAUUGAGUACUCCAAGCAAGUAAUGAAAUUGGGGAAGUUGUUGUUCGAGUUGCUGUCCGAGGCUCUUGGGCUAAAGCCAAGUUACUUGAAUGACAUAGAUUGUGGUUUAGGGCUUUUGCUUGGAGGGCAUUACUAUCCCUCAUGUCCACAGCCUGAGUUAACUAUGGGGGCAAGCAAGCAUGCUGACAAUGUCUUCCUCACAGUCCUUCUGCAAGAUCAUAUUGGUGGUCUCCAAGUUCUUCAUCAGAACAAGUGGAUUGAUGUGCCCCCAAUGCCUGGGGCUCUGGUGGUUAACAUAGGAAAUCUUCUACAGCUUUUAUCAAAUGAUAGAUUCAAGAGCGUAGAGCACAGGGUAUUGGCAAACCGCGUAGGUCCAAGAGUAUCAGUUCCAUGCUUCUUUACCACAGGUAUGCUACCAUUGGAAAGACUCUAUGGACCCAUCAAAGAGUUAUUAUCAGAAGAAAACCCUCCAAAGUACAGGGAGACAACUGUAAGGGAAUAUACUGCCCACUUCAAUGACAAAGGCCUUGAUGGCACCUCUGCCUUAACUCAUUUUAAGCUUUGAACUUGGAGAUAGAGGAGCAGUGCAGCCCUGAACAAAAUAUUUAGCAGACACCAUUUGUUUAUUGUAGCUGCUCCAAUUUCUUUUUUAAAAUUUCAUAAACUGUCUCUGCUGUGGUUUGCUAAUAACCUUCAUGCACUUGUAAAAUCAUGCUUGCCAGCAAAAGCAGGUUUUUAAGAGUUAUAUGCCUGAUGCAGGACAUAUGUCAAAGUUAUAAAAUAAGAUAUUUAUCUGU